UCCGGUUUACGACGGCGACCGGUGUUUCACUUUCUCCGAAAUUCUCUCCGCGGUCGACUCCCUCAGUUAUCGUCUCCGCCGCAUCCUCGAUGAUCCCUCCUCUAUUGUCAGAGCUUCCACUGCAGAAGAAAUUUUUUUGAUCAAAUUCGAUAAGGGUACAUCGAGAAGUGGGAGGGGCAUCAAACCAAAUGUUGAAUGGGAGAGAAGAAAAGAAAAAAUAAGUAAAACCACCCAAAAAUAACCUAAGCAUUCAUGUCUCCAUCUCCCAAAAACCUGAACAAGCCAAAUGCCCACCCACCUGAAACAACCAACUCCUAACCACCUCAACCCCUCAGUGGACCCAACACCUGAUGACCUCAACGGACUCACCCAACUCCAACAAAACACCUUUGGCGGUGACCAAAAAACCACCUUUGUCCUCGACGACCUCACCAGACUAGCUUCUAACUCCCGUGGCGGUGAAGAAAACCACAUUUGUCAUCUAACAACUGCACUGGACUCGCCCUGACGCCAACAGUUAACCUCUGGUGGUGGCCAAAGAACCACCGUUGUCUUCCGACAACCUCACCAGACCCACCCCACCAUGGCCACCACCGACAUUCAACCUCCGGAGGUGGCCAAAAGACCACCUUUGUCAACCGACAACCUCACAGGACUCAUCCUUCCACCAACAAGGUUCCUCCAGCGGAGGCCAAAAUGGCAACCUUCUUCUUCCGAUGACCUCUCCGGGCUUCCCUUCAAUCCACAAACUUCCUCCGAUGGUGGCCAAAGAGCCACCUUCAUCUUCCGACAACCUCACCGGAAUCGCCCCUCCACCAAUGGGAUCCAAGCUUACUUGAAAUAGAAAAGAGAGGGAGCGUAACGGCUCUAUUUGAACGUUUUUUUGUGGAAUGAUCUUAUUUUGGUCUCCUGAACCGAUUUUUAUGGAUGCAAGAAUUCUAUCCCCUUGGUGGUGACGAAUUAUUACUGUUCAAAACGUCAAUAAGCUUCAUUGAUCAUCUGCAAGAAUUCCUUGGAGCUCUCCUUACUACUUGUACGUUGGUCAUUCCUCCUUUCAACGAGCUCAAAGAAAAUAGUUUUUAUGUGCACGACUUUCUCCAGGCUUACACUAUAAAUAGACUUAUUUCUGUCCCAUCACUCAUGAGGAUGAUUCUUCCUGCUUUGGAUAGCCCCUAUAAUAUCAGAGUUCAAAGUUCCUUGAAAACUUUAGUGCUGAGUGGAGAAGUUUUCCCUAUUUCCUUAUGGGAAAUGCUUUACAAGUUGUUACCAAAGACUACAAUCUUGAAUUUAUAUGGGUCUACAGAGGUGUCCGGUGAUUGUUCCUAUUUUGAUUGCAAGAGGCUGCUAUCGAUUUUGGAGAAUGAAGCACUGGACAGUGUUCCUAUUGGCAUGCCUAUGUCAAAUUGUGAUUUAGUUCUUCUAGGUGAAGAUUCUCCCAUGCAAGGAGAAAUAUAUGUAGGUGGACUCUGCAUUGCUAAAGGAUACUACUGUGAUUUUUCCGCUUCAUCCCAGGAAUUUGUGAAGUUGCCUAUAUGCUCUUCUUCUGGUUGUUUUGUCAGUGACUUGAAAUGUCAUCACUAUUUUAAAACUGGCGACUUUGCUAGAUUACUACACAGUGGUGACUUGGUUUUUAUGGGGAGAAAAGACCGCACUCUAAAAGUUAAUGGGCAGCGGAUUGCAUUAGAGGAAGUUGAAAGUACAUUACUGGGAUACCCUGGUGUAGUUGAUGCUGCUGUGGUUUCUCGUAGAGGUCAAGUAGAAGUGGCACUUCUGGAGGCUCAUUUAGUAAUGAGACAAAAGGAUGUAGGUAGUGAAAUUUUGAGAGCUUCUAUUAGGAGUUGGAUGCUUGACAAACUUCCCUUAGCAAUGAUUCCUAGGUAUUUCUUUUUUUUGGAGUCGUUUCCAGCGACUUCCUCCGGGAAAGUAGAUUAUGCCCAGUUGGCCUGUAUGACAUCUUCCAUAAAGCUUGAUCCCAGCGAGUUUGAUAAUAUCCAGAGUACUGAACUCUUACAAGUUAUCAAGAAGGCCUUUUGUGAUGCUUUGAUGGUUGAAAUGGUGUCCGAUGAUGAUGACUUCUUUAAAAUGGGCGGAAAUUCUAUCUUAGCAGCACAUGUUUCUCAUAGUUUAGAAAUGGAUAUGAGGUUGCUUUAUAUCUUUCCUAGUCCAAUGAAGCUUCAAAUGGCGCUUAUGGGAAAGGAAGGUUUGCGCGCUAUUAAUGGAAGAGCUAAUGCUAAUUUGGCUCAUGAAGAGAGUCUUUUGUCAAAUUUGAAGUCACCUAGUCUUCAUAGCUUUAGGCCACGUGGAAGGAUUCUGAGACUCUGCGACAAGAGUGACGAUUUUUCUGGAAAGCGGCAGAAGGUGGAUUCAGAUUACUAUAGAAGCUCUAUGAGGAUUAGUCUUGGAGAUGGUUAUCCAUGGGACUGCAACCCAUUCCAGGUUCCAUGUUCAUUUAGCCGUUGCAACAAAUUAAUUUAUGAAGGAUCACAUGAGGGGAAAGAUUUAUGUCAAAAAUUCAUUGAAGUGGAAAUUCCAAGAAACAAAAGAGUUGAUAUGAAAGAAGUAUGGAAAGUACACAUGGAAUCUUGCAUUGAUGCAUCACCACUUGUUGUGUUCAAAGAUCAGGAUGUUUUUGUUUUCAUUGGCUCUCACUCCUUCAAAUUUCUUUGUAUCAAUGCCAAAAGUGGUUUUGUCCAAUGGGAGACUAAACUAGAAGGACGGAUAGAAUGUUCGGCUGCAAUCAUUGGUGAUUUUUCUCAGGUUGUCGUUGGAUGUUACCAAGGGAUCAUCUACUUUAUUGAUCUUCAUAGUGGCAGCAUCUGUUGGCAUUUCCAAACAUGUGGUGAGGUAAAGUGUCAGCCCGUGGUUGAUGAGUGCAGGAACUUGGUCUGGUGUGGAUCGCAUGACUGUAAUCUUUAUGCUCUGGAUUAUAGAAGUUACUGCUGUGUUUAUAAGCUUUCGUGUGGUGGCAGCAUCUAUGGUUCACCUGUAAUUGAUAAGGUUCGCAAUACACUUUACGUGGCAUCCACUAGUGGCCGUGUUACAGCAGUAUCCAUAAAGGCUAUGCCAUUCAGUGAACUGUGGCUGCGUGAGUUGGAAGCACCAGUUUUUGGGUCCCUCUCCGUCUAUUCCAAGACCGGAAAUGUCCUCUGUUGCUUGGUGGAUGGGCACGUUAUUGCACUGGAUGCAAGUGGGUCCACUAUUUGGAAGGUAAAAACUGGUGGGCCAAUAUUUGCUGGACCCUGCACAUCUUAUGCACUACCCUCUCAAGCACUGAUAUGUUCGAGAGAUGGAAGGAUUUAUUCAUUUGAAUUGGAAAAGGGUGGUCUACUCUGGGAACACAAUCUUGGAGACCCAAUUACUUCGUCUGCUUACGUUGAUGAAAACUUGCAGUUGGUAUCCAACUUCUUGCACCUUUCAGAUAGGUUAAUCUGUGUGUGUACGAGUAGUGGGAGUGUCUAUGUGCUCCGUAUCCCCUCAGAUUCUGAUGGAGCGCUAAGCCGACUGAGUGAAGACGUGGUGAAAGAAUUUGGUAGGUUGGAUCUCCAAGGCAACAUUUUUUCUUCUCCUGUGAUGAUUGGAGGCCGGAUUUUCAUCGGUUGUAGGGAUGACUAUAUGUAUUGCCUUCAGUUGAAAUCUGAAGAAGUCAAUGGCCUGUGAUAUUUUAUCUUGGUACUUUGAUUCCAUGAAGUUGGAUUGCGAAUGGCAGGAAAUGCGCCUGUAGUUCACCUAAAUUGAUGGGGCUGCUCAUGCUGCUUAUUUGAUGUAGAAUGGCCAGAGUGGUUCUUGGCUACAGACUGCAUGGUAAAAAUAUUGCCACCGGCCCUUCUCUUGAAAUAUUUCAAAUCAGUUAUUGGGAGGCUAAAGUUAUCGAAGUUACAUGUUUGACAUUACCCAUUCUGUUACCAAGCUCUCUUAUGGAUAGUGUGAUUUCCUGCCCAUACAGAUAUUAUUCGGAGGAAAGUGGAUGAAAUAUAAGGACUGCGAAUUCCAGCACCCAACACCGCUUUAACUUUUGACUUGAGAUAUUCCAAGCAUGUUAUAGAAGUUGCAACAACCCUGUAUAUCGUCAAGCCUAUUUUGCUUAUUGUGGCUUGGCGUCAAAUCAUGUCAGGAUCCCUUUUCAGUGAAAACUGCAUUCCUUGUAAGACACCUUCUCACCUUCUCUGUCUGUUAUAGUACCAAUGGUAAGCGAGGUAUGUAUGUAUUGGCCUGGGUGGCGAUGGCAGACCACCCCUUUUCUACCCCUGCAUACCAGAUAUUUAUGAAAUAUGUAAAGGUUUAUGUAUGUGUAUGAAUACUAUAGUGGUCUACUCGAUGGUAAAUUUGUGAAACGAGGAGAAGAAACAUUUUGUUUUUCUUUGUUUUAGAGAUAAGUUACUAAAAAGUUGAGCAUGAUUCAACAUAGAUAAUUGUCGACUCAUUAAUGA